ACAAAUGGAAUGUUUAUUUUCUUUCAAAAAGGAGAAAGGAUAGCAAUAUUUUGGAAAUACGAGUGUGCCUUUGUCAUGACAGUUACGUGUUGACCAUUAUGGUCCCACCUCCAGCCGUCAUCCUGCCAUCAAAUGGUUCGGAUUUAUUGCUGCCCUGACACAGAACUUCUCACCAAACAAGAUGCGCCGGCAACUAUGAGUGCACUUUGUUUUUGUUACCACAUGCAAUGAUAAGGAAUGGAGGAAAUUAACACGACAUUGUUCAGUUCACCUGUACUUCCUCCUUCGAGGUUGUUAGACAAUUCAUCAUGUUUUUGUGCUUUAAGGAGGAUACAACUUGGACGAUGGCGUUUAAUGUAUGGGGAUGGAACAAACCAAUUCUAACAACCACUCGUCAGAUAACAUGCCCAGUGACUUUUACUCCUUCUCUCCACAAAGUGAUAGGGAAUCAAUGAGGAAAACAAAAGCCGUCAGAGUUACGGUCUGUGCCCAGGUGACGGGGGUGGCCCUCUUCUGUGUGGGACUAGUGGUGGGGCUUCUAAUUGGAAUCUACGGUUUUAACGGUACAGGAAAAAAUGAGGCACCUCAUUCCAACCAAAGUCCUACACUCAGUAAAAGUGUGGAUUCAAGUGGAAACGGAGACUCUCAUAGCUUUAUAGACCCAAACAAAGGAGCGUCAAAGAACAAUCGUGCAAAUAACAGAAAUCAUGAUAGACAUGAACAUGGGCACAGCCACGCUCCUAAAGAUGAUGUAGGCUCCGCAUCCUCAACACGAGAUUCUCAGCGAUCACAUAAGCACCCGCCAGUGGACUUGCACGGGCAUAACCAUGCUCCAGAAAAUUUGAAUGGGCAUGACCAGGAUCCAGCAGACCAACAAGAACAUGUUCACAGACCAAAGGACUCACAUGGGCAUGAUCACACUCCGGUAGAUUCACAUGGGCAUGAUCACACUCCAGUAGAUUCACAUGGGCAUGACCACACUCCAGUAGAUUCACAUGGGCAUGGCCACACUCCAGUAGAUUCACAUGGACAUGAUCACACUCCAGUAGAUUCACAUGGGCAUGGCCACACUCCAGUAGAUUCACAUGGCCAUGCCUCAGCAGAAUCACACGGACACAGCCACGCACAUGGAGGCCAUGAUCACCCACACUCUUCCUCGGACAGUGUUCUAAAAUCUCCAAAUAUCGAAACAACUCUACCUAGCACGGACACAGGACUCGACGAAUGGGUGGACGACGUAGCCUGUGUGCCAUGUAAAUGGACUCAUCCGGUAGAUGGAUUAACGAAACUAGAACUGUUUGCUCCGAUCAACUCUACUGAAAUGAUAAAGGCACGCGAGGCCCUCUACCGAGAAGGAAUAAUAACCAUCAAACCCGGCCAAGAAUUAGCUUUUAAUGAGUCCUAUGUUCAAUCCAUGUAUCUAUUUCCACCAAACAAGACAGAAGCUUUGGCGUACUUAGAUGCAGAUGGAGCUUUUCCUGGACGGUAUGUCACUGUAAUGGUUGUCGAAGGGGCUAGUGAAGAACCACAACUCAUGAAAUACAAAGUGGGGCCACUAGAGGGAGAUUCAGAAAACAUUACUGCCAUACCCCUGUUGAAACCCAACGAAGUGCCAUUCAGUCAUCGUCCAUAUGAUGCCAUAGAGACAAGGGAAGUUAUCAUAACCGUGAUGAGUGAGUUGAAUCGCAUUAAUCCAAUGAUGCAGGAAAGUUUUGAUUCUAGAUCUCCAUACAUUGACAUGAGUAUCAUGCCGAACGGACCCUUUAUCUACAAUGGCGAGCGGACGAGUCGAUGGACUGCCGGAUUGAGGGGAAUCGGAGACAAAGAUUUUGACUUUCUCAAUGUAGUUCCACUGAACGGACUGGUUUAUCAUGGUGGACAAGAUCCAUCAAAAUGGCGAGUUUAUAAUAUAUUCUAUCUAAACCAGGGUCCGUUUAAUUCUGUUGAAGAUCUAUACAAAGCCUACAAAUCGACAUCUUUGUACAAAAUUCAGUAUCCCAAAGGUACAAGGGAUUUGAUUAAAGAGGUCACAUUUCCAAAACGCCGUUUAUCCAACCCUUUGCGCCCGAAUUCCCAUCGAACUGGCACAAAAACGGUAGAACCCACUGGACCACGAUACAGAAUGAAGGGGCACGACAUAUCGUGGCUGGGUUGGGAGUUUUCAGUAACCACCUCACAGCAUAGAGGACCAGCAGUCUUUAACGUUAAGUUCCGUGGAGAAAGAGUGGUGUAUGAAAACGCAUUGAACGACAUAGGAUUGCUUUAUUCUGCGGACGGUUCCGGGCAGGACAACAUCUUUUACACCGAUUCUACUUUUGGUUUAGGAGCAUCAAAAGUAGCUAUUUCUGAGAUCGACUGUCCAUCCCAUGCUGCUUAUAUUAAAAGCGUCAUGUGGAACCCUGUGGCCAUGAGAGGUUCGGAGAGACUUACGAUUUGUAUAUUCGAAAUGGAUGCGCAGGAACCAUUGUACAGGCAUAAAGGCGAUGAUAUUGAAGUGGGCAUGCGCAACCGAUAUUUAGUAGCUCGGUAUCCUACUCAACUUGGUAACUAUGACUACUUGAUUGAUUUUCAGUUCCAUCUUGACGGUAAAAUAGUGACGACAGCAACAGCAACAGGUUUUAUUCAAGCUUCAUACUUGAACACUCUGAGCGAUUUCUAUAAUCCUAAGGAUCCGGGACGGACCCCGUUUGGCUACAGAGUGUCCAAUGAUAUCAUAGGACCUAUUCACGAUCACACUUUCUCUUUCAAAGUAGACCUGGACGUCGUUAGUGAGAAGAACGACUUCGAGCUGAUUCACUGGAAAUACGGCAAUGUGAUGGAUGCCUUACGGACAGUGAAAAAGGAAAAUAUGAAGUACCCAAAUUAUUUUUUUCACAACCAAACACGGUUUGUUGAAUGGGAACAUGUUCAAAAUGAAACAGUUCUAGAUAUCGAUUCUAAACACCCAAAAUUUUGGACGUUUCUGAACAACAAUGUAAAGAAUUUCUGGAAAGUGAGUCGGGGAUACCGCUUAGUGCCUAUGCACUCGGGAACUCAAAACAUAGAAAAUGAUCACCCGGAUGCCAAACACCUAUCAUUUACACAACACCAUCUAACGGUUACCAAAAGAAAAGAGAACGAACAGUAUGUCAAACCAAUUUACAAUCCUGCUGACACAAAGGACCCCGAGCCAUCCCGAAAGUAUGUUGACGAUAUGGUGGACGGAGAGUCGAUAGAGAAUACCGACAUCGUCGCCUGGGUCGCUUUAGGUUUCCUUCAUAUUCCUACGUCAGAGGACGUUCCCAUGACAACAAAGGUCACUUCCGGUUUUACUUUAAAACCUUUUAACUUUUUUGACACCACGGCAGUUUUUGAUAUGCCGUCGCACGCAGUUGGCGUCAAUAAAACAGUGUUUGACAGCGAACCGGAAGAGGAACCGUGUCAAUAUAUACCACUCAGUGUUCAGGGGUGAUGUGAUAACAUUUAAACUGAGUACAUGUGUAAAAGAGUGUUUGAAAGAAUCCUAGGUUUUCUACGGUUCAUAAAACGGUUAUUAAAAUUGUUAAGAAAGGACGUAAUUUGAAGCCAAACGAAAAUAGUUAGAGAUAUCAUGAGGAAGUUGCUUCUUGAUUAAUGUUUAUGUCUUGCAAAUACAGGGUAGAUGAUUGCCGGUUAUUUAUGUUCGUUGCCGCUCAGUUUUAUAUUCAUCUAAAGUAGGUAAAUUCAUGUGAAUUAUCUCAUUGCAUUAGAUUUAGUUGAUCUAUACUGCAUAAUAUACAUGCGCAUUGGGAUUGGACACAAGUUCUCAUAAACUUAUAAAUACCGAUACGGGUUUAAGGCCAACAGCGCUUGCCCGAUAUGAUUUUAUUUGAACUGGAGUUGGUACAAUGUGUCCUUCAUAAACUCUAUAAAGAUUGGACUGAGAAGUCAAGGCCUCGAGAAAUGACUUUAAAAUUUCUUUCUUUCAAUAACAUUAAGAAUUACGAGAAUACAAUAUACCGGUUUCAGAUGUAUAAGGUAAGUGUGAUGUGUCACUUUACGUUCUGUUUAAGGAUAAACUUUCAUUGUGUGGCGUUGGUUCUUUGUAGUCUGAUAAAUCACCAAUCAGAUUCUAACCUAAGUCUGGCUACAUAGAUCUUCCUUGUGCCCAAUCCAUCAGUAAAUGUUGUUACAGGUUUUUGUCUCUGCCUUAGGUCCUGUGUCCUGAUUUGAUCUCGGAAUGAAAUGCAAUAUGCAUAUAAAAACAAGUUGUUUGCAAUUAGUCUGUAUAAAUAAACUUAAUUAUACAUAUAUAUUU